CGUAUCCCUCUCUCUCUCUGUGUGUGUCAAACGCGGCAAGCCAGUGAGAGUCAGUCGACAGCGCUGAUGCAACGAAAGGACUUCCAUUAUGAACGCCUCGGAUCGGCCCACGCUACUCUCCAUUGAGGAGUUAAGCGUCCUCGUUUCAUCCCCCGUUCGCACGCACUUGGCUGGUGCGUAUCGUGGUCUGUAUCCCGCCGCCAACGAUCCAGCACAAAAGCUGCAGCACGAACAGCAUCUCGAAAAGGUGCUUGCCGCCAUGAAAGUUUCGCCCCGGACGUCGACUUUUCGCGUCAAUACAAUCCGCGCAACGCGCACAGAGGUUGUGGACAAACUGGUUCUCGCAAUGAAUGAGUGGGCCGAGCGAGAAGGCCUCUGUACGCCCAAUCCCUUGCCAAUCUCCGUCGCGGCUCAUGCCGUGCUCGAGGAUAUCGUAUCGGUUGAUAUUGCCCAGUCUCCGACGACACUCUCCUCAUGUCGAAUACCGCCCCUCCAGGUGGAGCUCGACACCGACUCAUCGUUCGGGGACGAGGCGCGACGCGCCCGCCGUCACCGCCUGGGCUGGCCCACCACGUGUAAGGUGAUUGUUUGCGAUCGCUUAUGCGGAGAAGCGGUUCUCCGCGGAUCGCACGUUUUCGUCCGCGGAAUCCUCGCGGCAGAUCCCUCCAUUCGAGUGGGGCAGGCCCUGGCCGUCUACGCUGACUUGCCGCAACCCCAACGACCGUCUUGGCCUCGUGGACUUGCCGUUGAGUCCUACACUGGAACCUGCGUCUUUGUGGGAAUCGGCCAGGCGUGUUGCACCCACGCCAGUUCUUUCGACAUGGGGCCCCUCCUGCCCCCACUUUCCGGUGUACUGGACACGCACGCUUUUUUACAAAACCUACCUUCCACCGUCGUGGUACACGCACUGAAUCCUCAACCCGGCGAUACAAUCCUCGAUCUCUGUGCCGCUCCAGGUGGCAAAGCCUCGCACGUGGCGAGUUUCACAAAAAAUCAGGCCGUGAUCUUGGCCGCUGAUCGGAGUCGGUCCAAGGUCGUCGCCAUGAAACAACGCUUCCUGGCACUAGGAUGUACCAGUAUCGUACCCUUGCAUCUUAACGCAACUGCAUGCUGUAUGGACGAGCCCGGGCGGCCUCGCUGCAGCGUGGCCGAGAUCCGCGCCGCGGCCAAAGUCUCGGAGAGGGACGGACUCUUGAACGUGAAAUACUUUUUCCCGGGAUCGUUCGAUCGUAUUUUGUUGGAUCCACCCUGCAGCGCUUUGGGUCUACGCCCCAAACUGCAGAUUGGACCGACCCGGGUGGACGAUCUGCUCGCUUUUGCCACAUAUCAGCGCAAAUUUGUCCCACCGGCAGUGGCCUUGCUGAAACCGGGUGGUAUUCUGACUUACAGAGAAUGAACGCAUGGUGCGGCAUAUUCUGGACGACUAUCCGGUCAUGGAGUUGGUGCCCAUCACCAUUGGCGUUGGUCUACCGGGUUUGCCCGGACACGGAUUAACGACGGACGAAUGCCAACGUGUGCGACGAUUCGACCCCACCGACAGUGCCGAUACUAUGGGAUUUUUCAUCGCCAAGUUUCGGAAACGAGCGACUACCGCCUACUGUAACAGUACAGCAGGAUCACUCCUAUAAUUUUUUUAAGUGCCUAAUGAAUCGAACAGUUGUUACUGUUCCCACCAGUUAAACCCGCCAGCGCCGCCGGCUCCUUGUCCGUAGUAACUCGAUGGAUCCCAACCAGUAGUCUCUUCUCCCGGACGCACCGGAGGCUGUUGCGACUGUGGAGCUCCCGGAGGCUGUUGCUGCUGCUGAUGGUGAGCUUGUUCGGCCUGAUAGCCUUGUUGCUGUGGCGCACCGUAUCCGUUGUUAUGGUAGCCUUGUUGUUGUUGGUGGUGGUGCGGCUGCUGCCCACCGUAAGUACCGUAGGGACCCGAUGGGUGCUGCUGUUGUUGGUGUUGCUGACCAGGAUAGGCAGGAACGCCAGGCGGUGGGGGCAAGUUGGAACCACCAGUAGGGGGCGGGGGAAGAUUGCCCGAUGGUGGUGGGGGAGGCAAGUUGCUUACGGCGGCGGGCGGCGGUGGUGGCAAAACAAAAGCCGGCGAGGCCCCACCAGGUGGAUUGGGCGGACCACCGUUGGCCGCUUCCGCCGCCGAGGUGGGUUUGGGGCCGUCUAAUUCGGCCAUGAAGGACAAAUACUCCGUAUCGAUUUCUUGAGCAUUCUUCUGGUCCGUCGGCGGCGCCACUUUUUGUCGACAAUCCCUCGUCGGGUGACUCGUGUCUCCGCAAAUGGCACACUUGACCGUCAGCGUGGGUUUGUUGACCGAAAACCGACGGGGACACUCAAAGGAGCGGUGUCCUUUUUCGGCACAAAUCUGACAGAACUCUUCGUCCUUGAGUGUGCCGUUGAGCAGAGCCAACUCUCGCAGCUGUUGUUGCUUGUGUACGUUCUUUUCGUCGUCAAUGACGACGAGCAUUUGGUCGAUCAUCUCGGAGGCCGCAUCCACGGCCCGCUGGUCGUCUCCCGUAAUGACAACGUGUAGGGGUUCGUUGUCGCCUUCCAUGAUUUUUCCGUCACGUCGUCCCCGGGCGCCAUCCUUGACGGAACCCCGGCCCCGAAUAGCAAUCUUGCAACCCGUCUUGGAUUCGAGUUCCUUCUGCGUUUUCCCCCGCGGACCAAUAAUGAGACCAAUAAAGUUGUAAGUAGGGUGUUUCUCGAUAGGGAUGCGAAUUUU